UGAAUCUGGAUUUCUGGACUCUCAGCUCAGCUCAUCCAAACUCUACAUGCAGCAUCCGACUCUGACCCAGAACCAACCCAGCUAUUCUAGCUAAUCUCACAGUGAAGAGUUGGAUAGUUUGCGUAAUUGAUCCUUAUAUGAGUCCAGAUUCCUGAAGGACCAAAAUCUCAGAUAAAGACGUUAUAUUUGGUUUGUGGUUCUGCCUGAUUGUGACAUUGAUGGAGGGUGCAAUUAGGUGCUCCGCCAACUAUGUUCCUCUUUCGCCUAUCAGCUUCUUGGAGCGCUCAGCCAUAGUCUACAGAGACAGACCAUCUGUUGUGUAUGGAGACAUCAUCCACACUUGGAGAGAGACACUUGAACGAUGCACCAGACUUGCUUCUGCUCUUGCCCAACUUGGAAUUUCCCGAGGCGAUGUGGUUGCUGCAUUGGCUCCAAAUAUUCCAGCAAUGUAUGAGCUCCAUUUUGGUGUUCCAAUGGCUGGUGCAAUUUUGUGCACACUUAACAUACGUCAUGAUUCAGAAAUGGUGUCAGUAUUAAUGAAGCAUUCAGAAACCAAAAUCAUUUUUGUAGACCACCAAUUUCUCCAAGUUGCAAAGGGAGCAAUUGAUAUCUUAUCCAAGACCGGAACCAAGGUGCCCCUCCUAGUCUUGAUUCCAGAGAGUGAUCAGUCAUCCCCUGACUUCUCCAAAUCCCCUUCAGCAAACUUAGAAUAUGAGAGCCUGUUAGGAAAGGGAAAUCUCGAUUUUCAGAUCCUACGGCCGAAAGACGAAUGGGAUGCAAUUUCGCUUAACUACACAUCAGGCACUACUUCAAGCCCAAAAGGUGUCAUUUAUAGCCAUAGAGGUGCAUAUAUCAAUUCCCUGUCUGCAGUUAUUCUCAAUGAGAUGCUAUCAAUGCCUGUGUAUCUAUGGUGUGUUCCAAUGUUUCAUUGCAACGGAUGGUGCCUCACUUGGGCUGUUGCGGCUCAGGGUGGCACUAAUGUCUGCCAAAGAAAUGUUACUGCAAAGGGAAUUUUCGCCUGUAUCUCUCAGCAUCAGGUGACCCACAUGGGUGGUGCACCUACUGUCUUGAACAUGAUUGUAAAUGCACCGGAAAAUGAUCGGAGGCCACUUCCAGGAAAGGUAGUGGUCAUGACUGGGGGUGCACCACCACCAUCCCAGGUACUGUUCAAGAUGGAAGAGCUAGGGUUCAGUGUUACACAUUCAUAUGGUUUGACAGAGACUUAUGGCCCUGGGACAGUUUGCUCUUGGAAACCUGAAUGGAAUUCUCUACCUCGAGAUGAACAAGCAAAAAUAAAGUCACGGCAAGGGUUGCAACAUAUCGGAAUGGAGGAACUUGAUGUUAAAGAUCCGGUCACGAUGAAGAGUGCCCCUUUUGAUGCAAAAACCAUGGGGGAGGUUAUGUUUAGGGGAAACCCUGUUAUGAAUGGAUAUUUCAAAGAUAAUAAAUCAACACAGGAUGCAUUUAAAGGUGGAUGGUUUCGCAGUGGAGACUUGGCAGUCAGACACCCAGAUGGUUAUAUAGAGCUAAAGGAUCGUUCCAAGGAUAUUAUAAUUUCCGGGGGAGAAAAUAUUAGCACAAUAGAGGUGGAAUCAGUGCUUUUCAAGCAUCCAGAGAUUCUUGAGGCAGCUAUCGUAGGAAGGCCUGAUGAAUAUUGGGGGGAGACACCCUGUGCUUUUGUGAAAUUGAAGGAUGGUUGUAACGCUAGUGCAGAAGAUAUCAUUAAGUUCUGUAGGGGUCGGUUACCCCGCUACAUGGCUCCUCGAACUGUCAUAUUCGAAGAUUUACCAAAGACUUCUACUGGGAAGGUGCAAAAGUUUGUACUGAGAGAGAAAGCUAAGGCCAUGGGAAGUCUCUCCAAGAGUAGCAUCAGCAAACUGUAAAGGUUAGUAUUGUAAGUUGGUGAUUUCAUAUCACUUCAUAGCAAUUCAAGUUGUAAAAUUGUAGCAUUUACAAUUUUCCUAUAAAAUUGUAAAUGCUAAGUACCUCAAUACCAUAAAAUUAAGUACCUCAAUACCAUAAAGUCCAGUGAACCUGUUGAAAGAAAUACGUAGACAGGUGAAUCAGCCCCAUGCACAUAUAUAUACAAUUGUUUUCCUUC